AUGACGUCCCGCAUGGAUUUUACAGACCGGGCUCAAAAGGCUGUCGAAGACGCCAUGAGCCUGGCUGAGCAGUACGCCCAUUCACAGCUUCUCCCAGUCCAUCUUGCCGUCUCGCUGCUGGAGCCGCCAGUCGACCUCUCAAAAGACCAACAAAAUGCACCUCAAAACCCCACCGUCACACUUUUCCGACAGGUCAUCGACAAGGCUCACGGCGACCCUCAACUCUUUGAUCGUGCCCUGAAGAAGACUCUCGUCCGGCUUCCGAGUCAAGAUCCCCCGCCAGAGCAGGUCUCCCUGGCGCCCUCCUUCCAUGCCGUCUUGAGGAAAGCCAUGGAAUUGCAAAAGGUCCAAAAGGACUCUUACAUCGGCGUCGACCAUCUCAUUACUGCUCUGGCCGACGAUCCCUCGUUGCAGGCGCCGUUGAGAGAGGCCAGCAUCCCCAAGCCGAAGCUGGUCCAAGACGCCGUGCAAGCCAUCCGAGGCACGAAGCGGGUGGACAGCAAGACCGCCGACACUGAACAAGAAAACGAGAACUUGGCCAAAUUCACCAUCGACAUGACUGCCAUGGCCAGAGACAAGAAGAUUGAUCCCGUCAUUGGUCGCGAAGAGGAGAUCCGACGAGUGAUUCGAAUCUUGUCUCGACGCACAAAGAACAACCCUGUUCUCAUUGGAGAGCCCGGCGUCGGUAAGACUACUGUUGUCGAGGGUCUUGCACAGCGAAUGGUCAACCGAGAUGUGCCCGACAACCUGAAGCACUGCAAACUGUUGUCUCUGGAUGUCGGUGCGCUUGUUGCUGGGAGCAAGUACCGCGGUGAAUUCGAAGAGCGAAUGAAGGGAGUCUUGAACGAGAUCCAAAACUCCAAAGACAUGAUUGUGCUCUUUGUCGACGAAAUCCAUCUGCUUAUGGGUGCUGGUUCCUCUGGCGAAGGCGGCAUGGAUGCUGCCAAUUUACUCAAGCCCAUGCUUGCCAGAGGGCAGCUUCACUGCAUUGGUGCGACUACCUUGGCCGAAUACCGAAAAUACGUUGAAAAGGAUGCCGCUUUUGAGCGGCGAUUUCAGCAAGUCAUUGUCAAGGAGCCCAGCAUAAACGAAACGAUAUCAAUCCUGCGAGGUCUGAAGGAAAGAUACGACAGACAUCACCGCGUUACAAUCCUUGACAGCGCUCUGGUUGCUGCCGCCAACCUCGCAGCUCGGUACCUGACUUCCCGCAGGAUGCCGGAUUCCGCCAUUGAUCUGGUUGACGAAGCCGCAGCUGCGGUUCGCGUCGCUCGCGAGUCCCAGCCCGAGGUCAUCGACUCCCUUGAGCGCAAGCUCAGGCAGCUCAUGAUUGAGAUUGCGGCUCUAGAGAAGGAAAAGGACGAAGCAUCCCAGGUACGUCUUCAGCAGGCCAAGAAGGAUGCCAAGAACGUCGAGGAGGAGCUGCAGCCUCUGCGAGAAAAAUACCAGAACGAAAUCAAGCGAGGCGAGGAGAUCCACCAAGCCAAGCUCAAGCUUGAUGAAUUAGAAAAGCGGUUGGAGGAUGCCAUGAACAUGGGCGACAAUGCAAAGGCUGCCGAUAUCAAGUACGGGGCCAUUCCUGAGCAGCAAGCAACCAUCAAGGAGCUCGAAGCCCGCAAGGCCGCGGCAGAUGCUGCUCUCAACGCCUCUGGCGGCGAAGCCGCGACAGCCAUGGUCACGGACAUUGUCACAGCCGACCACAUCAACGAGAUCGUCGCUCGUUGGACCGGCAUUCCUGUUACCCGACUUCGCACUUCCGAGAAGGAAAAGCUCAUCAACAUGGAGAAGGUGCUCGGGAAGGUCGUCGUCGGUCAGAAGGAGGCAGUUAAUUCCGUUGCCAACGCCAUUCGUUUGCAGCGAUCUGGCCUCUCCAAUCCAAACCAGCCCCCCAGCUUCCUCUUCUGCGGUCCCUCCGGUACCGGCAAGACGUUGCUCACCAAGGCCCUCGCCGAGUUCCUCUUCGAUGACCCCAAGUCCAUGAUUCGAUUCGACAUGUCAGAGUACCAAGAGCGACACGCACUCAGCCGCAUGAUUGGCGCACCUCCCGGGUACGUCGGCCACGAUGCCGGUGGUCAGCUCACCGAGGCUCUGCGUCGAAAGCCGUUCUCGAUUCUCCUCUUCGACGAAGUCGAGAAGGCCGCCAAGGAGAUCUUGACCGUACUCCUCCAGCUCAUGGACGACGGCAGAAUCACCGAUGGCCAAGGCAGAGUCGUCGACGCCAAGAACUGCAUCGUGGUGAUGACCUCCAACUUGGGUGCCGAGUACCUCUCUCGGCCGGGCACAAAGGACGGCAAGAUUGACGCCUCAACCCGCGAACUUGUCAUGAGCGCGCUUCGCAACUACUUCCUCCCCGAGUUCCUGAACAGGAUCAACUCGGUCGUCAUCUUCAACAGGCUCACUCGCAGGGAGAUCCGAAAGAUUGUGGAUCUCCGCAUCAACGAAAUCCAGAAACGCCUCGAGGACAACGGGCGCAAGGUCAAGAUUGACGUGUCCGACGAGGCCAAGGACCACCUGGGCAACGCUGGCUACUCGCCUGCCUACGGUGCUCGGCCUCUUGCCCGCCUGAUUGAGAAGGAGGUCCUGAACAAGUUGGCCAUCCUCAUUCUGCGAAACAACAUCCGCGAUGGCGAGGUUGCCCGGGUGGAGCUCAUCGACGAUAAGAUCACGGUGUUGUCGAACCACCCCGACAGCGAGAUGAGCGACGAUGAUGACAUGAUGAAAGACGAGGACGAUGCCGUCGACGAGUUGGUCGGAGACGACAUGGAUGAAGAUAUCUAUGACUAA